AUGUGGUCACAAGGGUAAGACUAUUCAACAACCUGUUGCCGUGAGCAAGCUAUCACUUCCCUGCAGUUUGCUUCUUUGCUCUUAAGAGGCAGUUGUAUUCACUAUACUCUUGAAUUACCUGAUAAGGAAGUGUCACAUAAAUGGUACACUUUUCUAUUGUUAUUUUGCUGCUUCAUGUACACAUCGUCCCAGGAAGCACUGUAAUGUGACAAUCUUGUUUGAGAAACUUACGCCUGUGAAUGUAUGCCACUCCAUCACAUCUACUAGUCAUCACUGUCUUGUCUCCUUCCAUUUUAUGUUUUACCAUUUUUAUUAGCUAAUUGGAAUUACUCUUCAUGGCAACACAACUUUGCAUAUAGUACACAUGAUUAAUAUAGUGGUUAACACUCAAUUAGUACCAACUAUAGAGAUUAUAUAUUUUAAGAUUAAUGUUUUAUGACAUCUUUCUGCAGGUUAUGAACAAGGUUGGUGAAGCACUGUUUUUUUGUGUGGUCAAAGAUGAUGAUUUAAUUGCUACAGUAGAUCCUGGUAUACCUAAUGUCAUACGUACAUUUCUACCUUUUGCGAUACUGCUAUUUUUGGAUGCUUUUUUAAAUAAUAUGUCUCACUACUAUCCUUUUGAUACCUUGUAUACUGUUUCUAUUGUCUGUCAUUCACAUUUAGUCAUACAUGUCUGUCUCAUCAUGCUAACGUUCUCUACUAGCUCUUGCGUGCGCAUAUAAAUUGAUUUGCUAGCCCUCGGUUUGUAUUUAUGUUUUAUCUCUGUAGAUAUCAAGUGAAGCCCCAGCAGCCCUUCUCACACUUCUUUCUCUUCUUUCUUUAUAUAUGUAGUAUGUAAGUAAAGCGUGAGCUUUUAUUUUACGUGAUGCGAUCUGCCACAAUACGCUUUUUAUGAAGGAUUUAGCGCAGCAGUUCAAAUAUUCUGAAGGUUAAGUCCUGAAAUUUGAAUCACAUGAACACUACCUAGGAUAAUAUUGUUCUGGUCUAGUGAAAUUGUACUGCUCCCCAGCAUCUUCUGCAGAACAAGACAAAAUGGUGCUUUUUGAGAUCCUCAGAGCUUUAGCACAGGAAAUGGGAGGUCGUAGACUUUAUGCACUGCAUGUCAGUGCAUAAAGUCUACACACCAGGCAUACGUCGAACCGUUUGAAAGAUCCAAGUACCCAGACAAAACCGACUCGUCGAUGUGAGGUCGGGGUUUUUCGCUGUCGUACUGUUGAUUGGUGACGUCAGGAGCGUAACCAACGGUCCAUGAAAAGUGAUUCUGUCACGUGCUUCACUACUCUAACUGAAAGAGUCAACGCUCUCCUACAAGAGAAAAAUUCCACUCUCGCGAGAAAAGAGAGAAGCCUGCCUCCCUGGUAGUCAAGAAGAUCGGACACGUUCACUGCGUCGUUUGCAUGCUUCUCCCCUCUGCAUAAUAUGGCCUUUGCAGAUUGUCAAAUGACAUCAAACAAACCGGUUACGUGACCACACACCAUAUCUGACACACAGGCCUUCCAAGACAUGCCGGUAUCGUCCCAGCCACUAGAAAAACGCUUCAGAUUUUUCUGGCUCAGUGUAUGCGCACAAAAUAUGUGAUGUACUGAAGCCCCAUAAAACUAGUGGUAUGUUCGUGGGUUUUCUGUACAGCACAUAUUUUUGUGCACUUAGACUGAGCCAGGAAAUGCCACAAAACGGUGACGUUUUUGUAGUGAGCGUGUUGUUCUUUUGCCAGGUUCGAGGUAUAAUUCCUUUUUUUGCGUAUAACACUGUUUUGCCCAUUCCUACAAUGUAAGUACAUACUACCAUACUUCCUUUUCUGUAUGCAUAAGUGUUACAUGCAAACACAGUGUUCCUGCCGUGUUAGAAGAUUUUAUGGUGGUAUUCUAAACAUUAGGCAAUAACUACAUAUAUUGUGUCUUGAUACAGUAUGCUGCUAAACUUGGGAUGAACAUGAGCUACCAGUUUCAUGAUGUGUUUGGUUUGGACGACGAAUUACUAGGUUUGGUGCCGCAGCCAUGUGUUGCAAUCCUGUUGCUGUUUCCCAUCAACCAGAAGUUAAAAAAAUAUGAGGAACAAGAAACUGAGAGGAUACACAAGGAAGGCCAGAUAUGCAGUGAUGAGGUUUUUUUUAUUAAACAGACAAUCGGAAAUGCUUGUGGGACUAUAGGAAUGCUACAUGCCCUUGGAAACUGCCAAGAACAACUGACGUUUGAUUGGUUUUUGAAGAGCUUCUUUGAAAAAACAAAAAACAUGAAUUCGAAAGAGAGGGGAAGAUACUUGGAAGAAAAUGAGGAUCUCUCUGAUGCCCAUGAAGCAAGUGCUCUGGAAGGAGACACUGCACCACCAGCUCCAGAAGAAACUGUGAACCUACACUUUAUUGCAAUUGUUCACAGAAAAGGGCACCUGUAUGAAUUAGAUGGCCGAAAACCGUUUCCCAUUAACCAUGGCUCAACAAGUGGUGACACCUUUUUGAUGGAUGCAGCUAGAGUAUGUCGAGAAUUUAUGACAAGAGACCCAUCAGAAGUACAUUUUACUAUUGUAGCUCUCUGCAAAGUAUAAGAUAACUAGAUCAAGUUUAUACAUUAUAAAUGACAGCAACACUUAAAAGUUAUAGUAAUACCAACCUUAUAUCUCAUGGUAGAGGAGAAGGAACAUAUACUUCCAAUAUGGCCAUACUUUUAACGCAUGCUGUUGUGGGUGUUAUGUUUUAGGAUGUUGCAUCAGCUGCAAU